CUAACCCUCUUCCUGCAAGGCUGCAAGCCAACACCGUCCCACAUAAGGCCACCAAGACUCUACAUCGCACAAGCCCAAAUCGCCGAUCUUCCAAAGCAGCUACAAGAGGAUUUCCCAACACCACGAAUCGUCAAAGAGGCAGGAAAAGGGGAUAUAUACAAUUCCAAUAUAUGGAUGGGCAUCCCACCAACAUACACACCUCUCCACAAAGAUCCGAAUCCCAACCUGUUUGUUCAGCUAGCAAGCAGCAAACGUAUUAGACUUUUCGAGCCAGCUACGGGGUUUAAGAUAUUCCGAGAUGUGCAGUUGAGGAUAGGGCAACAUGGAUCUGCGAGCUUUAGGGGUGAUGAGAUGAUGGAGGGGCCGGAGAGGGAUGCUCUUGAUGAGGCCGUUUGGGGAAAUACUGUGGUGAAGGGAGAGGGGUACGAGGCUAUGGUUAGCCCCGGGGACGCCCUGUUCAUACCAAGAGGGUGGUGGCAUAGUAUAAAGAGUGUUGGGAGCGGGGUUACUGCUUCGGUGAAUUGGUGGUUCCGUUGA